CUCCCGUCGUCCGCGAUGGCCUUCCUUGCUGGAGACACUCAUAUACAGAGCGGCAGCGUCUAGACGAGGCACCUAUCCACAUCUUGCCUCGAUCUAUCCUCGCCGGUCCAAAUCAUGGUCGAACCCUCUGCAAGGAUACGCCCCGUCGAACUGGCGGACACAAACUUCGUCCGCUUCUUGGUCGGCAAGGCGGGCAUGGAGCCCAUCGUCGUCGCAAAUCAGAAAAUGUACUUUCACCCGCUGAUUUUCUCGGCGUGGGUGGCGCUCUCUUGCGUCUUCGUCCAAGUCUUGGGCUUGUGGCCCAAGCCGGAGCAAGGCCUCUACCGUUUUCUCGUGCCCGUUCCCGCCUUCGGGUCCCUCGCAAUCGCGUUCAUGUUCGCCAUUGACUGGAUGAACCGGUGGGAGUUCGAGGACCGCUCCGCGCACGUCCUCCGCGGCCCAGACCUGGCCGACAUCUCCGCCUACUACGCCCGCUCUCCCUCGUCAGGCUUCUGGGUGCUGCAAUACGGUGAACGCUUCAUCGGCCUCAUCGCCGUCGACGCCUCCCUCGACGCCGACUCGGACGCCGCCGUCGCGGACAAAAUCACGCCCAAUAGCGACAAGGGCAAGGACAAGGGCAAGUCUGGGAAGACCCCCAUCGCCGCCCUGCCCAAGGGCACCGCGAAGACGGCGACGAUCCGUCACUUCCACGUCGAGGAGCAGUACCGCCCCGCGGGUAUGGCGGACGAGCUGCUCGGGUUCGCGCUCCGGCACGCGUUCUCCAAGGACCUGCGGGUCGAGGCGGUGCGCGCGCACGCGUCGCCCUUGGCGGGCUACGCGAGCGACGCGCUGAGGAGGCACGGGUUCGAGCUGGAGAGGAAGACGGAGCGCGUCGGCGCGCUGCGGUGGCAGAACAGCGUGCAGGUCCUGAGCAGGGAGCGGUGGGCCGCCAUCGAGGCCAAGCAGUGAUAUACUGAUGCGCUAUCGUGUGUGUAUGCACUGUACUAGGACCCAUCUUGUUAACAGGCAAUGUCGCAAAGAUCAUUGUCACCCAUCAUCA